AGAUAACUUGCUGCAGGAUGAACUAAGGGAAGAGGGCACAUACUCGUCAGCAUGGACAGACAUUUGCCAGUUUCGAAGAUGCAAAACUCAUCCUCAUCAUUGGAAAAACAAACCGGCCCAGCAAAUGGGAAUGGGGAUCUUGAUUCAGAGGAAGGUUCCGGACUGGAGGAAAACGGCUUUAGCUGGGGAGACUAUUUGGAAGAAACAGGCACCAGGGCGGUGCCACACUCAUCCUUCAGGCAUGUGGAAAUCAGCAUUCAGAGUAACUUCCAGCCAGGAAUGAAGUUGGAGGUGGCCAAUAAGAAUAAUCCAGACACUUACUGGGUGGCCACGAUCAUCACCACCUGUGGACAGCUGCUGCUUCUGCGUUACUGUGGUUACGGGGAGGACCGAAGGGCAGACUUCUGGUGUGACGUGAUCAUAGCAGAUCUGCACCCUGUGGGGUGGUGCACACAGAACAACAAGGUGUUGAUGCCCCCGGAUGCAAUCAAGGAGAAGUACACAGACUGGACAGAAUUCCUUAUACGUGAUUUGACUGGUUCUCGGACAGCGCCUGCAAACCUUCUGGAAGGCCCUCUGCGAGGGAAAGGCCCUAUAGACCUCAUUACAGUUGAUUCCUUAAUAGAGCUUCAGGACUCUCAGAACCCCUUUCAGUACUGGAUAGUUAGUGUGAUUGAAAAUGUCGGAGGAAGAUUACGCCUUCGCUAUGUGGGAUUGGAGGACACUGAAUCCUAUGACCAGUGGUUGUUUUACUUGGAUUACAGACUUCGACCAGUUGGUUGGUGUCAAGAGAAUAAGUACAGAAUGGAUCCACCUUCAGAACUCUAUCCUCUGAAGAUGACUUCUGAAUGGAAAUGUGCUCUGGAAAAAGCCCUAAUUGUUGCUGCAGAGUCUCCUCUUCCAAUGGAAGUAUUUAAGGACCAUGCAGACCUGCGAAGCCAUUUCUUCACAGUUGGGAUGAAGCUGGAGACAGUGAAUAUGAGUGAGCCCUUUCAUAUCUGUCCUGCAUCAGUGACCAAGGUUUUUAACAACCACUUUUUCCAAGUGACUAUUGAUGACCUAAGACCCGAACCUAACAAACUCUCGAUGCUGUGCCAUGCAGAUUCUUUGGGAAUUUUGCCAGUACAGUGGUGCCUUAAAAAUGGAGUCAACCUCACUCCUCCCAAAGGUUACUCGGGCCAGGACUUCGAUUGGGCAGAUUAUCACAAGCAGCAUGGGGCAGAAGAAGCACCACCCUUCUGCUUCAGAAAUGCAGCCUUUAAUCGGGGCUUCUCAAAAAACAUGAAGCUUGAAGCUGUGAACCCCAGGAAUCCAGGAGAGCUGUGUGUGGCCUCUGUGGUCAGUGUGAAGGGGAGGUUGCUAUGGCUCCAUCUAGAAGGUCUUCAGACUCCAAUUCCAGAGGUCAUUGUGGAUAUGGAUUCCAUGGAUAUCUUUCCUGUGGGCUGGUGUGAAGCAAAUUUUUACCCUUUGACCACCCCGCACAAGGCAGUCUCCGAUAAAAAGAGGAAGAUUGCAGUUGUACAGCCAGAAAAACAGUUGUCAUCCACAGUGCCUGUUGAGAAAAUACCUCAUGACCUUUGCUUGUUUCCUCACAUGGACACUGCAGCAGGAACUGUCAAUGGGAAGUACUGCUGCCCACAGCUGUUUGUCAAUCACCGGUGUUUCUCAGGCCCAUUUCUGAACAAAGGGAGGAUUGCAGAGCUACCUCAGUCAGUGGGGCCUGGCAAGUGUGUACUGGUGCUUAAAGAGGUUCUUAGCAUGAUAAUCAAUGCAGCCUACAAGCCUGGGAGGGUAUUGAGAGAGUUGCAACUGGUGGAAGAUCCACACUGGAAUUUUCAGGAGGAGACACUCAAGGCAAAGUACAGAGGCAAAACGUAUAGGGCCGUGGUUAAGAUCGUACGGACAUCUGACCAAGUAUCAAAUUUCUGCCGGCGAGUUUGUGCCAAGCUGGAAUGCUGUCCAAAUUUAUUUAGUCCUGUGUUGAUUUCUGAAAACUGCCCAGAGAACUGUUCGGUUCACACCAAAACCAAAUACACCUAUUAUUAUGGGAAAAGAAAGAAGAUCGUUAAACCCCCCAUUGGGGAAAGCACCAUCGAAAGUGGGCAUCCGAAACCAGCCAGGAGAAGAAAACGACGGAAAUCUGUCUUUGUGCAGAAGAGACGGAGAUCUUCUGCUGUCGACUUCCCAGCAGGCUCCGGGGAGGAGAGUGAAGAGGAGGAUGCAGAUGCCCUGGAGGAUGACACUGCAAGUGAGGAAACUGGCUCCGAGGUCCGAGAUGACCAGACAGACACCUCAUCAGCAGAGGUGCCCUCUGCCCGGCCCCGGAGGGCCGUGACCUUGAGGAGCAAUUCAGAGGCUGUGAAGCGGCCUCCAGUGGAGAGGGCACGAAGGGCCCGCCCAGUGCCAACCACUGCAUCUGUUGAUGAAGGAGACAAGGGUCCAACUGCUAGGCCUGAGGAACCAGAGGAAACAAAGCAAGAGGAGGAGGAAAGACUGAUUCUGGAGAGCAAUCCACUGGAGUGGACGGUCACAGACGUGGUACGAUUCAUCAAGCUGACCGACUGUGCGCCCUUGGCCAAGAUCUUUCAGGAGCAGGACAUUGAUGGCCAGGCACUCCUACUGCUGACUCUCCCAACAGUGCAGGAGUGUAUGGAGCUGAAGCUGGGACCUGCUAUCAAGUUAUGCCACCAGAUCGAGCGAGUGAAAGUGGCUUUCUAUGCCCAGUAUGCCAACUAACUCAGCUGGCUUUCUUGGGUGUAGUGCCUCUCUCUCGUGAUGCUGUGUUUGUGAACGUUUCCAGGAAUGAGACCUUGAUUGUCUGGGCUUUGUGAAAUGGUACAUUCAUUGAGGAUCUCCAAAAGCCAGAAGCCCAACACCUCCUUCAUGCACCAGCCUGUUUGAUGGUUCUGUUUCUAAAGCACAUAGAAGGACCGCAGCAGCAGUUUCUGGGACUGUAGUGAAAGUUCGGAGAUGGAACCUCCCCAGCUCUGGACUUGCUUCUUCAUCUCCGAGUUUCAUUUUUCUCCCACCCAAACUAGGCAGCUUCCUGUAAGCCAGGUUUCCUUAUACUGAGCUCCAGGUUCUUGGAAAACUGAGAUGGACUGAGUGCCUCCAAGCAGAAUCCCUGACUCGCUGGCAGCCUUGCCUGCCUCACUCUCAGGUUCUUCUACACAUGUAUCUGCCCCACACAUGCAAACUACUGUGGUUUAGAGUCCCCAGCUGUCCCAUUUGAU